AUGGCAGCCAUUGACGAUAUCCAGGUCGGUGAUCUUGUGAACGUGCCUGGCGGCAUGUAUGGAACUGUCAAAUUUCUUGGGCCUGUGGACGGGAAGCCUGGGCGGUUUGCCGGAGUGGAACUAGCCCACGAACAUGCGGGUCGGGGCAAAAACAACGGCGAUGUCGAAGGCCGAUCUUAUUUCAAUACCUCCGUCCCCGGCUCCGGCAUUUUUGUGCCUGUGAAUGGAAAAUUCGUGACGAGACGAAUGCCUGGAAGCCCCCAAACGCCGGCGAAGCCCUCUGCCACCAAUUUCAGCAGGUCCGUCGGCCCGGGAGUCGCGAACCCUACAGCACCGUUAAACAGGCAAAAGUUUAGGCGGCCUUCCUUUCCCCGUUCUGAGUCCCCUAGGGGCGCAGUAGCUGCCUCGCCGCCAAAAGUCAGCCUCAGUGGAUUACGUACACCCUCAGGCUUUUCGAAAGUUGGUUCGGGAAAUGGAGCACCGCGAACUCCCCAUAGAGCGGGAAGGUCCUGUAGCCGACCUCCCUCAAGAAUUAGUGUUGAAAGCAAUACCCCUUCAAUAGCGAGAAGAAGUGAUUUUGCGCGAACCCCAGCAUUUGAGGACCUAGAGACGACAGAUAGGGUAAAACACCUAGAGCAGCAACUACGAGAUCGUGAUAGGCAACUGGAAGAUCAAGCUACGACCCUAGCAGAGUUUCAGAAGAGCAUUACUGAAUUAGAAGGGCUGGAUGCGUUACAAGUUCGGGCGCAGCUCCGGGAGAAGAAUGAUAAGAUUGCGGCGCUCACUGCCGAAUUUGAUAACCAUCGCGCUGAUUUUAGAAGCACGCUAGACACUCUCGAGGUCGCUGCUUCAGAAACCGAGAGAGUGUACGAAAAAAGGAUUGAGGAAUUAAUGCAGGCUAAUCGUGAACUACAAUCUCGCGAAGAGGAGGUUGAAGCCGUGGCCACACAGCUCAAGCAACUGGAAGAACUCGUUUCUGAACUGGAAGAAGGUCUAGGAGAUGCUCAUAGAGGCGAGGCGGAGGCCAGAGGUGAGGUAGAAUUUCUCCGGGGUGAAGUCGAAAGAACUAGGCUUGAGUUAAAGCAGGAAAAAGAACGAUCUACAGCCACCUUGAAAGAAACAAAUACAUCCCCGGACGCAUCCCAUCGACCGCUAUCAAGGGAGAUCGACCAAAAGGAUGAUGAGAUCCGCGGCUUAAAAGCAAUAAUCCACUCUUUGAGCCGGGGCGAUCCUCCUGGUCACAGUUUACCACAGCAAAAUGGUAUGCCACACGGCUACGACGUGGAACGUACUGUGAAGCUUGAACGACGCAUCCAGGAGCUUGAGGCGAACUCCGAACGCAAGUCAUAUCGUAUCGAAGAGCUGGAACAUGAGCUGGAAAACCUUCAGCUGACCAACGGGCAAACAAACCGCAAUCGAAGCGGAACCAUUACAACUAGCCCACUGAAAAUCCAGAAGAGCCCGGGUAGCGGCGGAAACGGCGGUCCAAUUCCAGUAAAUCAUACUCAUACGCUCUCCGAUAGAACCGUUGUCCCCAACGAUUGGCGCGACCCUCCGGCCAACAACGGGAACUCGUUUUUUUCACCGAGACAUGUGCAAGAUUCCCGUCAACUACACGCCAUGCAGGAGUCCGAUAAUCUCUCUUCCAGCACAGACGAGGAAGGUGCAGGCUGGUGCGAGAUAUGCGAAACUAGUGGUCAUGAUAUACUUACAUGUACCAAUAUGUUCAGUUCAGGAGACCCAGUGAUAAAAAGCAGGCGUACAAUGAAUCUGCCAAACCAUUCUGCUGACAAUCGACCCGGCAGCAGUACUGGCGCCUGUCCAAGAUCCCAAAUAGGAAGCCUUAGUACUAGUAAUCCGCACAAGGAUAGCAGCAGCCCAAGUUCCCAGCGAGCAGGGAGGGACGUUGUUCUUGAAGGCCUAAAAGCCAUAGGAAAUUUAUCCUCAUCCAUGGCUCCUAUUGCGGGAAAAUCCUCAGGAGUCAUUGAUGAAACGAAAUGGUGUGCACUGUGUGAACGAGAUGGUCAUGAAAGCAUUGAUUGCCCAUUUGAUGAAUAA